UCCUCUAAUAACUUCAAUUUCACAAGUGAACAUCUCGCAAGAGAUGGACGGAAACCAAAGAGAAGAAGAAGAAUUAAACUUGUUAUCGAACUUAAAAGAAGUUAUAGAUUUUUUUUGAUCAAAUUCGGAUAAUUUCAGUUAAUUAGUAGAAGUUGGUUUAAUUUAAUAUUAAAGUUUGGUCAAGUCUGGUUCGGGUUCAAAACAGCAGGAAAAGAAAUAAGUCAACAACUCACUAAGGCAUAAACCUUUACUUUUCCACCAGUAUACCAAUCCAUCCAACGUGUUGUGGGUUUGCAACCUCCAUGGAUUUCGUCGUGCCCUGCUUGAUUCGAGUCCCGCGCUCUCUCUCUCUCUCUCAGGUAUCACAUAAAUCUCUCAAUCAAUCCACACAAGUAAAGUUGGAAAUUAGAUUUUGAGGAUGCAAAUGAGUGUGAGCAAUGCAUCAGUCCACCCGGUGGAAGCUCCUCCUCCAGCAGCAGCUCCAGCAGGAGCAGGUACACAAGCGCCACGUGUGAGGAUGGAAGAUAUACAAGGGAUGCCUGCAACGUUACUCGGACUCGCACUUCGUUUCUUCCAGUUCUUCUUCGCAGCUGUUUCUCUCUCCGUCAUGGCCUCUACCAACGAUUUCCCUUCCGUUUCCGCCUUCUGCCAUCUAGUUGCAGCCACUGGCCUGCAGAGCUUGUCGAGUCUUGCACUAGCCACAGUUGAUGUCUAUGCCAUUAUGGUCAAGCGUUCCCUACAAAACCGUCGACUCGUUAGCCUGUUUGCUGUUGGUGAUGGGGUGACAUCGACGAUGACUUUUGCAGCGGCUUGUGCAUCGGCAGGGAUAACGGUUCUGAUAGACAACGAUCUGAAUAGCUGCUCGGCAAACCACUGUGUUCAGUUUGAAACAUCAACUGCAUUAGCCUUCAUUAGCUGGUUUGCUAGACUGAACACGAGAUCUGUUCCCACCCGUGUACAUAUAGUGACUGGUUUUUUCUUCCUUCUUAUUUGGAGUUUGUAUUUAACUUUCUUCAAAAACCCAGUACUUGGAAACCAUUGUUCGUUUUGUUGUCGUAACACUGACCAAGAAACUUACUAUGCAAAAUGGUUGCAGUCUUGAACUACCUGUGGU